AGCUAAUUCCAUUUACUGGAGUCAAUCCGAUUCCGUUAUCGGGGCAAAUUGCGAUUCCCAUGUCAAUUCCGAUUCCGGAGCCGAUUCCGAAAUCGAUUCCGGAAACUGAUUCCGGACCUACUAUCCUGAAUCGAUUCCAGAAAACUUCGGAGCUAGCCGCAAUCGAUUCUGAUGAAAACUUCAUUUUUCCCAUCGAUUAUUCGAAAUAGGGUCUAGAUACGUCUCCGGAAGCGGCUCCGGAAUCGGAAUCGAAUCCAGCAUCGAAAUCGGCUCCGGAAUUGAUUCCAGCAUCGGAAUUGACACGGAACACGGAAUCGGAAUCGGAAUCCGUCGAAUUCCGAGCUCCCACCACUAUCCCACACACCAACAUGAAGAUGCCGCCCAUUUUGCCACACGAUCAGCACCACCACCACCCCGGGGCCGGUUUCGGUUUGGGUCCGAGAUCAACCGACGGCUCGUCACGUUGCCGAACCGGAUCCGCCGAAAGCAGCGUCCCUAAGACGGACACACUUACACACACGCACAAGCACGGGUGCAGCAACAAGCAGCAGUGGGGCCGGGAUGGGUGAUGCGCAUGCCCGGUGCGGCACAAGGAUACUACCGCGACCGAAGCCGGCGCCCCGGAGAGCAUGUGUGUGUAUGUGUGUAUGUGUGUGUGUGUGUGCGCGUUUUACGAUGCUACCACGAGGCUCCGGACGGUGGCCGUACCGCUCGCGGACGUCAGUCUUGGCGGUGAACUGUUGCGAACAACUUCAGCCUUCAGCGGGAGCGUCCGAGGCCACCGGGAGCGCGCUUCAGGCCAAACCGUCAAAGGACCCGCGCGGUCGCUGCCGGCCGUAAGUGCUGACCAUGUGCUGAGUGUGCCGUUGUGGUUGCCGCUAUCGCUGUACCGUGCGAUCACCGCCAGUCUCAAGCCAGUCUCGAGCCAAGCAAGCAACAGCCCACCAAACCGUCGGUCCGUGUGGCGAAUGGUGCUGGUUCCGGGGCACGCCUGAUACGGGCAAGCCGGUGUGCAGUCGCGAAUCGGGGUAACGCGAAACCAAAACAAGCAAACAGGCGGAGGCGCGCGCGCGUGAUACCACGGCGGUUUCGUGUGGGGUAGCCGUAGGCGCGCGUUGCUCUCUGCCCGUACCACGUGAGUGCGGUGCGUUACACCUGUAGCAGAGUCGUCGUCGUCGGCUGUUUGUUUUCUUUUCCGUAUUGGUUGGUGCUUGCAAAAACAAAAGGAGAAAAAGUGAAGCACAAAGUCGAGUCCAACGGUCCCAAACGCUAUCGUCCAUCAACCGAUAUCUUGCCUUGUUUUGGGAGCGUCCCAGAGUGUCCAAGAGGUAAAGCGUAGGCACACCAGGCACAACACCGAAUCGGCCGAAAUCCUUCCAAAUCCUACCACACAAACGAACACACACACACACACAUACACACACACACACACAAUCUGUUGAAUUUUGUGGCACGAAAGUGAAAGUAGGGCUCCAACUAGCAAACGUCUUCCCAGCAGCAAAGCCGCGCGUGUCCCGUCCAAAAGCGACGAUCUCCGAAAGCAACAGGAUAGCAACCAGAAACAGAUGGUGUCUGAGCCACGGGCCACGCACUAGCCUGCAGCACACACACACACACCACCACCACCACCAUCCACAUUCCCAUAUGCCAUUGCCGCCCGCAAGCUUGUUUACCGACACCAACGUGCCGCGACCACAUAUCAUUGCUGGCUCCCUUUCCCCGCACUGGGUCACGUACCGGGGCGCGAACAAAACUUGAACUGAUUAGAACGCAACCGUUGGAGCGCCUUUCGCACCAAACCGCGUGGAUAAGCGACGGAGACGGGAGAAACUCCAAAACUUUCCACCCCGCACACACUGAACCUGACGCAAGUGACGCAUCCAGGCGGGCUUCGGGGCGAGCAUUUUUCUCCCCCGUACCUGCGAAAAUUGGUAUAGAAAUGUGUUGAUAACCUCUCCGUAGCGGGCGAAAAGGAAAUUGAAACCGGCUGCUCGCCACCGCCUACUAAUCUGCCUACCGCCUAAGCGCGUGUGUAUUCUUGGAUCGAGUAGGUAGAAGACGAACACACUCACACACAGUAGCGCCUCCCUUGCAAGGACCUUUCCAUACCACACAAACACACAUAUCAUAGCUGCGUGCGAAAGGUUUCGGGGAAAAACAAACCGUUCUAUUUAGUCUGUUGUGGUAAGCCGUGCAACGAGGAGAAGAUUUUUUUUACUGUCGAGGCCAGUAUCAGUAGUAGUUACGCGUUAAGUGGACAAUAUCAUCGCCUCGAGACACCGCACCACCGCCAGUGCCAGAGAGAAACAGGACAAACAACAACAACAACAAAAAAAACAAAAAAAAACGGCUUGCUCCAAGUACCUCCAAUCAAACGAGCAUCAUUUCCCAACGAUCACACACACCACAUACAGAGAGACACACGGAGGACACAAGAGACGCUCUGAAAAGGUGGCGGGUUGGUAGACGUGCAGAUUAGCAGCAAUCAUCAACCAGCCGGAGCAAUCUGUCAAUCUAAUCCUGCGAGCGCGCGCGCGAAUAGCGUCCUCACAGUUGAGCCGGGGGGAAAUUAAAGCUCGCCUCGAGUAGUCGCUUUUCCCGGGCCUCGGUUCGGCCCGAGCUCUUCAUCACUGAAACGCAGACACCUUUAGCUGGCCAAACAGCGCACACCGAAGACGGGAGAGAUGAGCAGUUGCGUCUACCGUCCAGCACGGCUGCACCAGGACCAGGAUACCGACCGCCAUCUGCAUCCGCAGCGUACCAGCGCCAGCCUGAACCGUUCGCCAUGGUACCGUACCAGCUGGAAGUUCUUGCCCUCGUUGCCGUGCUAAUCGGCAUCAUCGUCAACUCCUACAUCGUCGUUAUCGUUAUCCUUACGAAACAGAUCACGUUCGCCAGCAAAAUACUGCUGCUGCAUCUCGGCGUAGUGAACGCGGUACUAUGUCUGUUCUAUCUGAUCUUCUACGGCAUGAGCCUGCUCCAGCUGCUGCCGGUAGCGCUGGACGCGAUGGAUGUCGCCUGUCUGCUGUUCGGGCUCUGCUUCAACACGCUCCACUCGAUCGCACUCUGGACGCUCUGUGCACUGAACUUCGAUCGGUACUUUGCGAUCGCGACGCCGCUACACUACGGGACGUUCAUCAACACGAAGAAGCAGGUCCUGAUAACGCUCGGUGCCGGCUGGAUCGUCUCGACGCUGUUCAGCCUGCCGCAGGCAGUGCGUAUCUCGGCCUAUAAGUUCGACAGCGACUACAAGCUCUGCCUGCCGAUCCUGCAGACGACCGAAUCGCUCAUCUACAGCAUCUGCUUCGUACUGUUCACCAUUCUGCUACCGAUAGUGCUGAUACUGGGCUGCAACAUGAAGGUACUGAUGAUCGCCCGGUACCAGCGCAAUCGGAUCGCGUCCGCCAUCCUAGAGGUGACGCUGUCCGCCCAGCUCACCAUCACUCACCAGCGCAAUCCGUUCUUCGUGCCGAGCGCGACCGGUGCCGGUCCGGCCGGUUCCGGCCCGGUGGCCGAAUGCAAACCGUACACGCAAGCCUCGAACCAGAACAAUCCGGCCGCGAACGUGAUACAGCUGGUCGGGUCCGCCAUCCUGUUCCACUGUCCGUACUACCUCGUGAUCCUCUGGAACAGUGUGCUCCCGUUCGUCGGCAAUGGGUGGCGCACGCCCGCCCUGCUGCUCAAUCUGGCCUCCUUUCUGCUGCUCCUGUCGCCGACCAUCAACGCGAUCCUGUACGGCGUCCGGAGUAAGAUCGUGCGCCGCUCGUUCCGCAACAUCUGGCGCAAGCAGAAGCAGAAGAUCGAAAUCCACUACGAAAUCCAGGCGCGCACCCCGUCGACCUGCGGUUCGCGGCGCCCGUCCCUCAGCGGUACCCAGUUCCAGCAGCAGCAGCUCCAGCAGCAGCAGCAGCCGCUGCUGCUCGCGUUCGCCGCCGAAACGAGCCGGCCCGGUUCGGCCGACACCCGGUCGGAGGUGGGCCUGGAGCCGCCGGACGGCGGUUCCCUCGAGGCACCGUCGCUCCAGUCGCCGCUCGGGCGCGUCAAGUUCGGCAGCUGUUCCGCACUGAGCGGGCCGCUGUUUGUGGGCGGUGCGGCACCGAGCGCACACCACGGCGGCAGCGCCGGACCACGGCCAAAGAUCACCAUCACGAAGAUACUCACGGACGAGGAGCUGGCGGUGCAGACGCCACCGCCGCCCCCGUCGCCCAGCUCGCCGACCGCGUUCGAGUUUCACCAUCACCACAUUGCGGCGGCCGCCGUCGACGGUGGGCGGCUGCCGGCGGCUCUGGUCGCCACGAUACCACCGAUGAUCAGCAACACAGACAAUCUCAGCGUCGCUGGACAAUCAGGUGCCAAGCUGCACCCCGCCGCGCCCCUGUCCGCCGGCCUAGUCUGUCUCGAGCCGAAGAUAUCGUUUCGGAAGUUUUCCUCGCUGCAGGAAAUUUUAGGCAACGGGACAGACUAGCAAGGGUAACCGGGCGAGGCGGGCGCGGCCAGGUGAGCUAUUAUACACCUACCCUCUUAUACUAUACACGUAGAGAACAUAGACAUAUAUACAUAUAUACCUAAACGUAUAUACUAUUACACGUACCAUUUAGAUGUGAAGCAAACAUUUACACUGCUGCGCAGGGGGAGAGCUUGCGCACUCACCGAGGCCCACCCUGGUGGACCGAUUAAGCAGCUCGGUCAAAAAAGGAGGGUGUGAGGUGUAUUUAGCAGGGAGGCGCGACAAGCUUGAUGCCUCCUUUAAAAAAAAAGGAAAUAUAUGUAAUGAGAUGAAAAACUCCAGUACAGUGCGGUUACGAAACAAAAACAAUAAAAAAGAAAAAAAAAAGAAACAAACAAACGAAGUAGAAGCACCCUUGCAAACAACUGUUAAACUGUUCUAGAAGAAAAAAAUACUUUCUUCGCUCGAUGCUUUGAAAACAAAAAUAAAAAAAAAGUAAUGAAAAAUUAUAUCGCAACAAUUAAAACACUAGAGACACCCCAUUUGCGGGGUGAGUGAUGGAAACGAAGGAAUUUAAACAAAACCAGAAAAAAGAACAGAGAAACUUAAAACCACCCACCCGAUCAGAGCCCACACGUGGUAAACGAAACAAUAUUUAAGAAGUAAAGAGGAUGGGGAGAGAUAGAAGCUCGUGGAGUAUAUAUUUCAUUGCACGUACAAAUCAUGUUUGAAACUUUAGGACAACAGCAGCCGUUUAGCAAAGUAGUAGCGCAAAACCAAAGCAGAAAAGGAAAAGGAAGAAGAAUGAAGUAUUCAUGAAGAGUAAUGAAGUAAAAACGUAAAACGUUGUACAAGACCUAACCAAAUAAACCAAAGGAAACUAAACUAAAGAGAAAGAAAUAGAGUAAAAGAGAAAAAUAAAAAGAAGGGAGGAGAGACAGAGAAAGAGAGAGUGAGUGUGUGUGUGAGAGAGAGAGAGAGAGAGAGAGAGAGAAAGAGAGAGAGAUAGAAAGCAAACGAAAUGCGAGGUUAUCAGCAAACAAACCCUCCUAGUUCACGUCAGAAUAGAGUUUAGGUUAUUGAA